AUGCGACUGCCAGUGAUCCUCGUCCUCGUGUCCGCGGCGCUGUGUGGCGUGCUCUCGCCACCUGAGGUCACCGCUGGUGACGGCGGCUGGAGCAUCAUCGACGGAGAGGUGGCGAAGAAGGGCGAGUUUCCCUGGCAGGCGCAGCUGAAACGCAACACCGUCUACGUGUGCGGCGCCGUGCUUGUGUCGGAUCUGUGGCUGCUCACCGCCGCUCACUGCCUGUCGGCAGAGCCGAACCCCUCGGCUUACCAGGUGAUACUAGGCGAAUAUGACGUCACGGUGGAGGAGGGCUCAGAACAGCGGCGAGGUGUGGCACAGAUUGCCCUGCCCUCCGACAAGUUCAACACUCAUCGCAGUAGCCUUCAGUACGACGUGAACGACAUCGCGCUUCUCAAAAUCGACCAGCCCGCCAUCUAUACACAAUGGGUGAAAGCUCUGGCUCUACCGGAUCCCGCGGAAGACUUCGAUGGCGUGGGUCCAGUCUACCCCAAAGUCCUGCAGAAAAUCACGAUGACCUUGCUGGCUGACGACGUGUGCCUGCGCGACCUGGUCUUCUUCAACUACGUGCCGGCCACCAUGAGCUGCGCGAUGCCGCCAAACGGCAGCAGCCUGUGCUGGGGCGACUCUGGCGGCGCACUCACGUACUACAAGUCCGCCGACCAGCCGCUGCUGGCCGCCGUCACCUCCUGGGGCGUCGAUUGCGACCUUACCCGGAUGCCGACCGUGUUCGUCGAGGUGUCCGCCUUCGUGAAGUGGAUCGCAGAUGUGAUCAGCGCGGACGUGGUGUAG